AUGAAUGUCGCCGAGGAAAAGUGGUCAAACGUGCAGCAACAGCCGUCGCAACAGCCGUCGCAAUCGCAACCACCUCAACAAUCACCACAAUUGUAUACACCGACUAAACAAGACAUUGAUACGCCCGCAAGGCCUUUUCAAUACCAAGGUUAUGUCUCAAUCUCAUCUCCAAAUACACCCGAAACUCCUCGUCAAACUGGUUCACCUACUACACCAAUUACACCUCAAUCUGCUCCCGAGCAAAGAAAAGUCGUUGAUAGACCCAAUUAUGCUACAGGAUCGUUUCCCGCUACUCCAAUAGGUGUCAGAAGACGAAGGGCGGAUUCGAUGGGAUUUCCUGUUGAUGCGGGUCCAUUCUUCUCGCCAACCAAACAACUUCUGAAAGUUUGGAGUAUGGACAGAGCACUUAGCUAUAAACUUCGUAUCAAUUCCAAGGUUGAUCGUGGAUUCUUUUUGGCAGAAAAUGAUUGGACAUGCUACCGUAGAAAUUAUUUCCAGAUCAGCAGUGCAUUCUCAAUCGAAGGAAACAACAAUCAUCAAUCAUCCGAUGGUUCAGAAGUCCCAUGUCUACUUGAAAUAGAAGGACAAGUACACACGAUCAUCGGAUUUCACUUGGGCAUAACAGCAAAAGUGUCCAAUAGCGACAAGAAAAUCGAAUUAGUUCAACAUACACCAAAACGUGAUAAAGGCCCACAAAUGGUUCCACAGCCGAAACCGAUUCGUCCAGGCGGGAAUCUGAGUUUGAGUUCGGUUGGAACUAAUUCGAAUAUUGUCACCUUUGAGCGAAUCCAAUUCAAGACGGCAACCGCGAAUAACGGGAAACGUCGUGCAGCUCAGCAAUAUUAUGUGGUGUUGGUAGAUUUGUUUGCGCAAGUCGAGAACGGGGAGUUGCAUUGUGUGGCGACGUCUCAAUCGGCUCCUUUAGUAGUUCGUGGUCGUAGUCCUGGUCAUUACGCUGAUAAUCAUGAUCGUUACAAUCCACUUGCUAUAAACCCAAGUUAUGCAAAUGAUCGUCACAUGGGUUUCCAUAAUUCUCAUGCUCCAAAUGGCAAUGCUGGUCCAAUGCAACCAGAUUACAAUGCACCUCCAUACUCACCAUAUGCGCAGUAUCCACCCACUUUCCCCGGUUACGCCGGAUCACCAACGCAAAUGCGUAAUGAUCCAAUUUCACUCAUGAUGUCAUCUACACCAAAUACUCCCACACAUUCCUUCCAUCCUCCACAACCAUCACAUCAAACUUACAUGGUCCCAAGUAUUUCCGAUGCUUCCGCCGCACAAGAUAGUACAAGUACAUCACCACAUUCAGCAUUUUCUUCAUUUGAACCAAGACAUAAUGUUCAUACGAAUGGUAACGCUACUAAACUCAUGAAAAUUGAAAUACCAACAUCAAAUGAAAUCCCGCCUCAUCCUCUAACCUCGCCUGGUUUCCAUUCACACGAAUAUGUCGAAGGAUUCCAAAUGUAUCAUCAUCAACAUCCAAAUAGUCAUCCUGCUAAUAGUGCUGCCACGCAUCAUGGUGGUUAUCAUUCCGAUGGUGAUCAUCAUCACAAUCACGCUAAUAAUGGAUAUCAAUCAUCACAACAAGAGCAAGAACACCCUCAACAACAUCAAACACCAUCUCCACCACCGUCGUCAUCAUCACCACCUUCACAGCAAUCAUCACAUCAGUUGAAUGGACAUACAAAUGGCACAAAUGGUCAUUCAUCGUCACCAACUAGACCCACAGAAGACGAUGAUGAAACACCAAGAGCAAGCCCUGUUCUUAACAAUGACACCAAAGCACCAUCAGCUUCUUCCCCAGCUGCAGCCACGAUUACGACACCAUCUCCAGCGACGUCUCCAGCAACAACUCCUAAAACUCCACGAAGAAAUUCUCGCAAAGAGAGUGCUACAAAACCACUAACUAUGAGAAGACCAAGUACGUCAAAAUCAUCUGCUGCGAACACGGAAGCAGCGAAUACCAAUAAGACAAACAAAUCGGAAGAAGCUGAUAUUAAAGUGUCAAAGAGAAAACGCGAAGAUAAUGAAGUCUGA